CGCCCACGUAGGCAUGUGCCGUUAAUUGCUCAGAACAGGAACACGUAGCCAUCAUGGGGCCACGAAAUCAGUUGCUUGGACAACCGAAAGAAAUGACCCGUCCGGCAGGCCUCUGGAGUCGUUUGCUGGCACCAUUACAACGGUUUGGCGUGGACCUAGCUGUCCUAACAUUCCUCGUAGUUGCCGGGACAAUCUACGGCCUUUUGAAGUUGUACGGCGCUCAAAACUACCCACAAAAGAACAUUUCGGCCCAAAGGGAGCAUAUUCCAAGGAGCUUCUACGACGCGGACAACAUAUCGGGGUACAGCGAUAACAUAGUGCCGGACAUACUGCACUUGGUAAGGUUCAAUAGACCCGAGGUGGACUUUAUUGACGUGGUGGCGUUCCGCUCCAUGUACUUGAACCACCGGCCCGAAAAGAUAUACGUUCACUGCAGUCCUUGCGGCUUUGUAGGGAACCACACUCGCUUUCUGGAAGGCAUCAACUUCACCUUCAUGCCUGCAGUUUUCCCCGAGGAGGUUUUUGGCAUACCUAUAAAGGACUCUCACCACGCUACCGACGUGCUCCGCAUCAAAGCUCUGAUGAAGUACGGAGGCUACUACUUUGACAAAGAUGUGUUCGUGAUUCAAUCUCUGCGACGCUUCCUCCGAUACGAGGCAACCAUGGCCAUUUGCGAUCGCGACAACAUGGGAAACCAGGCGAUAUUCUCUCACAAGAAUUCGCGCUUCCUUCGUCUCUACCUCGACACCUACCGUCAGUUCAAUGACUCGCUUUGGUAUUGGAACGCGGGCCAGGUGCCCUUCAAGGUUCUGUUCCAACCCCAUCCGCACCUCGUCCAUGUAAUGUACUACGGCCUGGAAACCGGAUGGGACAUGGUGGGCGUCCUGUACGAGCCGCACGCCUACCCGUACUGGCGCAACGCUUUUGCCCUACACUUCCUGUGGCGUUCACGCUCGGCGUCGCCACACGAUGCAUUGCACGCCGCACCGUUUAACGAAACCAACAUCCGAGACGUCGACAAUGCCUUUGGAGAGAUAGCGCGCUCGGUUCUGUUCGGAACGUCCGCCUUCGUGCCCCCGGAGGCCCCCAUCCUGAGCGUCGCCGAGCUCGCGGCCAGAAAGGACCGGGGCGAGGACCUGACCAGCGUGCGCCCUAGAAAUGAGCGGCCAUUUUAUUACCCCGUGAUCAACACCACCAAGUUUAAACGCCAUCACUGACGCAAGCUCACACGGAUAUCGUUUACGCGGUGCUCUUAAAUUUUGAAUAACUUCACAACUUAAAAAAGUGUUUUGGUUUGCCGAACAGGGCCAGCGUGCCUAGGCUGAAGUGUUGUGAUGUAUAGCGUAUAAAAAGUUUGUUGAGCUUUUGCAGCGGCAACUGUUAA